GGAGAAUUUAAAAAUUCGCUACGGACCCGGCGACCGACGCUGGCCAAAAACGGCGUAAAAAGUGUAACGUUUUUCGAAAAAGUUUUAUUUUCGAAACAUUUGAAAACCGACUGACCGCCGCCGCGGCAAAGGUACGCGAUUGGACGCGCUAAGGAAUCCACGGAAACGGGCCGAGCGGACUGUAGAAACGGAGCGGUGUUAAAUUUUUUACGCCAUGGUUUCACUAUAGCCGGCGUUUUCCGUUCCACGGGUGGCUUGUAGACAGCUGUUCUGUAUUAGAUUAUGAAAAAACCAUAGACAAGUACAAUAUAACAAUAUAAAUUGAUAUUUACGCCUGACGGAUGAACAUUUUUCUAAUUAUUUUUUUACUAUUUUUAUAUUAUAUUAGCUUAUUUUAUGAAAAUAUUAUUCAUCAACUUAAAAUAAUUUAUCAAUUGCAAAGAUGCCUCGCAAUCGAGUGAAAUCCACAAAUAGAGGUACCACAUCGGAGAGAACUAUGCAAAAAGCAGCACUACUAUGUUUGGAUAAUCUUAUGUCGGAACAAUCUGCAGCUACAAAAUUUAAUAUUUGCCAUGCAAGUUUAACCAGGUACAUGGAAAAGUUUAAACGCCAUAGGGGAACAGGUAGUUGUCUACCAAAAUUCGGUCACCGGUCACAUAAUAAAAUAUUUAACGACUUUCAAGAAAAACAACUUGCAGAUUACGUACGAAUUUCCGCAGAUAUGUAUUUUGGUUUAAAUUCUAAAAAUAUUGGUAAACUAGCUUAUGAAUUUUCAGUUAAACUUGAUUCAAAAGUACCAAAAAGUUGGAGACGAAAGAAGGUAGCCGGUCCUGAUUGGAUUACAGACUUUUUAAAAAGAAACCCAUCACUGUUCAUUAGUCUCCCAAAAGCGACUAGUAUAUCAAGGGCUAUUAAUUUCAACCCAGAAAAUCUAAAACAUUUUAUGGAUAGAUAUGAGUCAAUUUUAUCAAAGUACAAAUUUCAAGCACAUGAUAUUUACAACAUGGAUGAAAUAAGGGUUACAUUUGUCCAAAAAACAGGAAAAAUAGUAGCAUCUCGAGGUUAUAAACAUAAUAAAGCGAUCAUUAGUGGCAAAGAUAGUACAGUUAACAUGUACUUAGCUAUAAAUGCUGCGGGCAACCUUAUUCCUCCCAUGCAUAUAUUUUCUAAGGCUGCCAAUAAUUCAAAGUUUAUGCAAGGCGUUGAGUUCUUAAAAAUUAUGAAGAAAUUUGCCAAAUAUGUCAGACCUUCAGUUGAUAAAAAAGUUCUUAUUCUACUUGACAACCAUAAAACCCACAUAUGUUUGCCAGUGAUUGAUUUUUGCAAGAAAGCUGGCAUUUUAUUAUUAUCAUUUCCACCUCACGGUUUUCGUAAACUCCAGCCAUUGAAAAGAUCCGUGUAUAGACCAUUUAAUACAUUUUUGAACCAAAAUAUAUCGGCCUGGAUUGAAAAUAAUCAAGGGAUAAAAUUAAGAACAUAUGAUGUGCCUUUAGUGUCAUCUAGUACAAGUGCAUUAGUUAGUGCUGCUACACCUCAAAAUAUUAUUAACGGAUUCGCUAUAACUGGGAUUUGGCCUUUAAAUCGAGAUGCAUUUACUAAGGAUACAUUUACGCCAGCAGUUUUUGAAGAUAUUGACAAUAUGUUAAUAGAUAAUGUCGAUAAAGAACCAAUAAAUGAUGUAAUGAGAGGAGAUCUAAAAAAUACCAUUACUGAAUUACCAGCGAAUGUUGGCAUUAUGCCUCAUUUGGAGACAGAAGAAAGUUCAACUCUUUCCAUUCUCUCUUAUGAUCUAGACAACGAUCUUAUUCAAAAUGAUUAUAAUGAGAUUAAGAAAAUGUCAUAUUAUGAACUAAAUAAUCCAGGGAAAAAAUUUGAAGAAAUUGGCAAAAUGUAUGAAGAUAAUGUUGAUCAAGAACCAAUAAAUGAUGCAAUGAGAGAGCUAAAAAAUAGCAUUACUGAAUUACCAAUGAAUGUUGGCAUUAUGCCUCAUUUGGAGACAGAAGCAAAUUCAAUUCCUUCCUUUCCCUUUUCUAAUUCUUUUUUAAAUGAAGAAACUUCUGUCUUUUCUUAUUCAGUUACGGCUCCAGAAACUUAUAAUCUGAUUGGGAAACUAAAAGCUGAACAACUAAGAAAAGAAUUUGAAAAUGAUUCUAUUGUUACUCCAGAAAAUUCUUUCAUUAUUGAUGAUUCACUCAGGGCUCCAGAAACUUAUAAUCUGAUUAGGAAACUACGAGCUGAACUAUAUCAAAAAAAAAAAUGAUUAUUACUAUUGCGUAAGUAUUACAUAUUUUUAUCUCUCUUUUUUAAUCCUUUAGAUAAACUAUGUUUUAAUUUGUAUUAUUAUUUAAUAAUAUAUGUACUUGCUCAAAGAAGUAGUCUCUCCUCGACGAGUCUAUUAAAUAUUGAAUGCAUUGGAAAUGUUAGUACUAUGUACUGUACCUACUAUUUAAAUAAUUUUGAUUAAAAAGGAUAUUCAUAAAUAAACUUUGUACUCAUUAAUUUUUAUAAUUAUUUGAACAUAAAAUAUACUAUGUCAAAAUCGACUGUUGAACUUGUAACAUUAUUUUUACCAAGUGUUAUAAUAUUACAAUUCAUUAUCAUUUAUUAACUUGAAACGUUACAUAAUAUAAACUAUUCGCUUAU